UUUAAGUGCCGCCUCCUAAGGUCCUGGAAGAUAGAUAGUACAGGGGCUAUAUAUUCCUCUAUUUGUAACUGCCAAACAGAUCCUGAGGGCCACAGUGAGGGCCAAUAAUGUAAUUCCGUACUUUGCUGUGACUGUUUAUUACGAUGUAUGCUAUUGUUAUUAUGCAAACUAAUAUUUAUUUAGUUUAGGUAUUUUAAAGCUGAUAGGACGGAGAUAAGAUCACUGCUAUUGGUUGAUUUACCAGGCGCCCUUCAUCUAUCCGAAAAGUUGAUUGGAUAUUUCUGUUGUCAAUCACCAGUGGGCGUUGCGAGGCGUAAAGCACCCUGGGAUAUGUAGUUGGCAGAAAAUCUUAACAUAGAAGUUACUUAUCGGAAAAGGACUACAGAUUCCACAGUCCUGCGCGGGAAGGGUGCACCAGCUGGGAGGCUAAAGUCUGUGUACUCCGAGAGCGAAGAAAGGACACUGGGUUAGUUGCUGCAGACAUGGCAGAGCUCAGUGAUGAGGCCAGUGAGUCAGAAAUGCUGAGCCGCAGUCUGUCCAUGUGGUAUGGAGAACCAUUGGAUGGACAAGAGUUGUCAUUGGACCUUCACACAGCGGCCUCUAUAGGUCAAUAUGAGGUAGUGCAGUGUUGCGUUCGCAGGAGAGAUGUGGACCUGAACCAGCCAAACCUGGGUGGAUGGACGCCGCUCAUGUAUGCCUCAUACAUCGGUCAUGAUGCUGUGGUCAGUCUGCUGUUGGAGGCUGGGGUGGAUGUGAACUGCAGGACACCCGGUGGGCAGACUCCUCUCAUGCUGGCAGCUAGCUGUGGGAAUGAAAGUGUCGCUUACUUCUUGGUCCAGCAAGGAGCCGAGAUCGAGGCAAGAGACGCUCGCGGCUGGACCGCCCUUUUCCACUGCACCAGCGCCGGGCAUCAGCGGAUGCUGCGAUUCCUGCUGGAAAAUGGAGCCAACGCCGAUGCAAAGGAACCAGGUUAUGGCUUCACUCCCCUAAUGGAGGCGGCGGCAUCCGGACAUGAGAUUAUAGUGCAACAUUUACUGAACCAUGGGGUUAAGCUCAACGAGACGGACCACAGUGGAGAUACCGCCCGCAUGUUAGCAGCAAGAUACGGCCAUUCUAGGAUAGUGUCCAUGCUGGACUCCCAUCGUGUGAAGGGAUCCCGGACCCACAGUAGAGGAUCAGCGCGUCAUGAAGAUCUCAGCUCAUCUGACGAGUCCUCCUCAACUCCUCACCGACCAAGGCACCAACGUAGACCUAAAGGUCCCAGUAUUCAUGACGGUCCCCAAGCCCUGGCAAAGAUAACAGGUGGUGGGCCCAGCUCUGGUGGUCAGCUUCCUCCUCAGGGUUAUGUUACCUUCAAUGAUGCCGACUGUGAGACAGAUGAUCUACGACACCGUGACGUCACCUCCCCCAUCAAUGAGCGCGACGUGGAGAGUAAUGGCAGCAGUAAAGAGGAGGGAUAUGCUGCAGCACAGCGGAGCAGCAGCAGUGAGGGCAUAUGUAUCAACACAGGCGUCAGCAGCGAGGCCUCCUUGGAGAGCAAUGAGGUACGCAUGUCCUACACGGACUCGGAUCCAGCGUUAGAAACCACCAACAGGAAGCAGCAAUCCAAAUCCUAUGGCAAAGGAAGACAGCGCAAUGGUGAUGCCCAUACUGGACCCUCACACUGCAGGACGUCCAACUCACUGAGCGAACCAAACAUCCCACCAUAUGCUGGGCCCCAGGACCUGGCAGAACUUCUAGAGCAAAUUGGCUGCUCCAAGUACCUGUCUGUCUUCCAGGAGCAAGACGUAAACCUCCGAAUCUUCCUUACCCUCACCGAGAUUGACCUGCGGGAAGUGGGCAUCAGCCUAUUUGGACCAAAGCGGAAGAUGACGUCUGCCAUUGCCCGUUGGCAUAGUUCUGCCCGCCCUCCCGGGGAUGCGCUGGAACAAGCUUAUGCCGAUCGUCUGGAAGCCGAGAUGCAGGAACUAGCCAUACAGCUUCAUAAGAAGUGUGAGGAGACAGAGACCCUGAAAGGACAGGUGGACCAGGAGAGGGAGCUGAGGGCUGUAGCGGAAGGCUGCCUCAUGGAGCAGGACACAAAAUGGAGGGCAUUUCGCUGCCAGUUGGAAGCCACUAGCAACCUGGCUACUGAUGCACAACGGGCGCUAGCCCAACUCAGGAGCUGCCAGGAAGAGCUGUCACUGCGGCUGGGCAAAGUGAACACCACAAGGACGCCUGGCUGUAGGCCUACAGGUCCUCAUGGAAGUAAUGCUGCCCCACUGAAGGCUUUCAGCAUGCAGGAGCUAUCGACCUCUCUGGAGGACAGCACGGCGGUUUUAGAGAAGGCAAUGAGAGCGCUGCAAGAGAACCUGGAGAAGAUGAGAUCUUCGGAUAAGGGGAGACAUAAAUGGCCCGAUCCUUGAGGAGCCAGGUGUCGCUCUUACCAUACCUCAGACGGCGGGUGAAACUUUCCACCCCGAAGAUGUUCCGAUCCUAGAUCGCGCUGCCCAUAGCUGUCCCAACGCUCUUCUCAGCUCAGAUGGCCACGCAGAAGGGUGACGCGGUGGUGCCCGCUCUGGGCUGAUGGGUGUCGGAGGCAAAACUGCAAUCUCUGGUGAUACUCUACUGAUCCUCUGUGCAGCGGGGGGGGCAAGAUGUUUGAUUCAUUCUUGAAGAAGGUCCACAAGCCUUUUGUAUUGUAUCGAAAGGGCUGAACCGCUGCAUGAUCUUGGUUUUUAAGGCAGGUUUAGAAGCCUGUCAGUGAUUCUUAUUUUAGCAGAAGAGUUAAAGGGGUACUCCAGUGAAAAACACUUUUAUUUUUUUUAUUAUUAUUAUUUUUUUUUUUUUUAUCAACUGGUGCCAGAAUGUUAAACAGAUUUGUAAAUUACUUCUAUCUUAUCAGCCUUAUCGGCUGCUGUAUUCUCCACAGUAAGUUCUUUUCUUUUGGAAUUUCCUUUCUGUCUGACCACAGUGCUCUCUUGCUGACACCUCUGUCCAUUUCAGGAACUGUCCAGAGUACAAACAAAUCCCCCAUAGCAAACCUCUCCUGCUCAGGACAGUUCCUGAUCUGGACAGGGGUGUCAGCAGAGAGCACUGUGGUCAGACAGAAAGCAAAUUAAAAAAGAAAUAAAGAACUUCCUGUGGAGUAUACAGCAGCUCAUAAGUACUGGAAGGAUUAAGAUUUUUUAAUAGAAGUCAUUUACAAAUCGGUUUAACUUUCUGGCAUCAGUUGAUUUAAAAAAAAUAAAUAAAUAAAAAAAAAUUUCACCAGAGUACCCCUUUUAAUAAGUAGGCUGAUCCUCGCUGCCUGUAAAAGUCAGGCACAGCUAAACUUUUACGUACUCUCAAUAAAAUUAUGACACCGUUUUGGGCUCCCUUUUUUUUUUUUUUUUUUUUUUUUUCCAUGAAAAAAUGUAGACCCGGUAAAGUGCAAAGAAACGGUCAAUGCUGCCCAUAGUGACCAGCCCAAUAAGGUUACUGGUAACUAUAGGCCGCACCCCUAUUAUGAUUUAGGAACCUACAGAGUUUGGCUUUAUCUUCUAAGGCAGUGUUUCCAAACCAGGGUGCCUCCAG